AUGUCCCCCAGUAUUUCGUGCUCACCAAUAGCACUGAAGGAGCAUGAUUCUCCUUCUCCGAAUUCAAGCGCAAUAGCUUUGCGAGAGUCUGAAAAAUAUAAGUACUAUAAAAAAGUAUCUGACGAUUAUUAUGUCUAUCAGAAGGUCGGUCAGCCUAAACAGUCGAAGAUCGGUGAUGAGUUUUGGUCUCCAAUAUUUACCCCCGAGUGUGUAAGAGGUUCAAAAAAGUUAAAAAUAAGGGAAGGUGACGUGUUUGUUUGUACAUAUCCGAAAUGUGGCACGACUUGGGUGCAGCACAUUUGCGCUCAGCUGAUGCACGACAGCUACGGACCUGAAGCAGGAAAUGAGCUAAGUUUGACGAGUCCGAUGAUAGAGCGGAUGGGGCCUGAUUAUAUAGCGAAACUCGGAACUCCUCGCCUGUUAAAAACGCACUAUACUUGGAAAAACUUGCCAAAAAGUCCAUUAGCAAAGUACAUCUUCUGUGUCCGAAACCCAAAAGACUGUUUGACUAGCUACUAUUUCCACAAUCAGAACUUCAAAAUCUAUAACUAUGAAGAGGGAGACUUCAAUGAGUUUUUUGAGCUAUUCAACUCAAACGAAAUAGCGUUUGGCAAUUACUACGACCAUUUUCUUAGUUGGCUAAGUCACAUCGAUGAAGAAAAUGUAUUAUUUUUGAAAUAUGAAGAUAUGUGGGAAAAUCUUGGAGACGCUGUGAAAAAAAUAGGACGUUUCCUUGGUGGAAGGGCUGCACAGAAGAUUGAGAAUAAAGAAGAGUUCAAAAGAAUCGUUGACGAAAGUAAAAUCGACUCAAUGAAAAAGGACCAGUCUAGAUGGUUUCCUGCUGACAAUUUGCGAGGGAAACCUUUUAUAAGGAAAGGUGGAAGUCGAGAUUGGAGAAACUACUUUACCAAGGAACAGUCUGAUCGUAUGGAUGAAGAGUGGCAUAAACGAGUUUGUGGUACGAUUGCAGAGAACUGGUGGAAAGAAGAGAUGGCCUGGGAUGUAAACGUAAAGACCACGGAGGCUGUACAGGAAGACUUUUAUAGUUCUGGUCCACUCUCACCUACCAGGGGCUUAUGCUUUUCUUCUUCAGACUUGGGGCCUUUUAGAAAAUUUAGUGAGUCAAUUUCCAUCUGUUCCAGUCGGCAACAUUUAUUGUCUGCUUCUGAAGAAUCAGGUUAUGGAUCCUUUGAAGAUAACUAUCUCACGUCUUAA